CAAUACAACUAUGGUCAAAAUAAAAACCAACAACAACAACAACCACAACAAAACAAUAGUGGUGGUUUUGGGUUUCCUUCACCAACUUUUUAUAAUAUGAAUCAACAACAACAACAACAACAACAGCAACAAAGUCCACAACAACCAAAUGGUUUUUACAAUAACAAUAACAGCAACAGUGGAUUUAGCAACAAUAGUGGAUUUUAUAAUAAUAACAACAGUGGAUUCAGUAAUAAUAACUUUGGUGGUGAUACUUCAAGACAAUUUAUUUCACAAAUUAGCGAUAAUCCACUUACUCAAGCCGGUUUAAGUUAUGGUUUAAACUAUGGUCAAUCAUUAUUUUCAGGUGGUAAACAAUAUGUAGAUUCAAAUUUUGGAAAAUAUUUAUCAUUUUCUACAUUGAAAUCAUAUUUUAAUGUAAAUAAUUCAUAUGUCUUUAAUAAGAUUAAAAGUUUAAUCUUCCCAUAUACUCAAAAGACAUGGAAAAGAAGAAUUGGAAGAACAAACGAUGUUGAUUCAUACCUUCCACCAAGAGAUGAUAUUAAUGCCCCAGAUUUAUAUAUUCCAUUAAUGGCCUUCAUAACCUACUUUUUAUUGUAUGGUUUCCAAAUGGGUAUGGAAAAGAAAUUCUCUCCAGAUUAUUUAGGCGCUUUAAUAACAAAAGGUAUUGUUUAUUGGUGUGGUGAAAUGUUAAUUUUUAAAUGUGGAUUCUUUUUUUCAAAUUCAAACUCAAUUCCUGUUUACGAUAUGAUGUCAUACACUGGCUAUAAAUAUGUUUUAUUGGUAAUUUAUCAGGUUACAUCUAUUUUAUUUGGUUCAUAUAUUUCAUUCUUUGUAAAAUGUGCUUUAGCUGCCUCAAUUAUAUUCUUCAUGUUGAAGACUCUUAGAUUAGUAUUUUCAUCUGCCGGUUCAAAUGCUCAUCACGAUCAAAUCUCAUCAGAAUAUCAAGAAUCUUCAAGUAAAUACAGAAAUUAUUUUGUUUUCUUUUUCUCUGUACUUCAAGGUCUCUUAUGUUUUAUAAUGUAA